AUGAAGGCUGCCUUCCAUUUCGAUGGCAUUCGCGUCAGUCACCCAAUUCACGUCCCUGUUCGCAGUGCGCUUGAUGUCAACCAUAUAUUCGACUCUAUCAGCUACCUCAAAAGUUGCUCCACUAUUUGUAUGCUGGCUCAUUACCUAGGGGUGAAGAUCUUCCUUCGAGGCGUGUCAAAGUACCUUAACUCUCACGCCUAUAGCAAUGCAAAGGCCGAGGCUCUGUGGCACGCCUUGACAGAGGUUUCAGACCAAGUCCUGACUGUCGCGGAGAAGCCUGGCAAGAUUUCGACUAAGCAGUCACGAUUUCUGUCCACAGGCGAACUUGAUCCGUCCGAUGACACCACCAUUUGGUGGGUGCCCUUUGGAUUGAAGGGGAAGAAGGAUUGGAAGGGGUUUCCAACCUAUCGCUCAUGGCAAAGAAAUCAUGGCGUUGACGACAACUUCUAUCUCAACAACAGCGCCACAGGAUUCUACCGUGUAAAUUACCCUUCUAGUCUCUUGGCUAAGCUCUGCGAUCAGCUAGACAUGCUCACUACCGAGGGAAAGAUUGCCAUCAUUGGAUCCGCUGCAGACCUGGCCUUCUCAGGCCAUGGUACGACGGCUUCGUUGCUAACCUUUCUUGAAAGUUUCCAGAAAGAGACCCAUCCACUAGUCUGGACUCAGAUUCUUGAUCCUAUUUCUAGUGUUAGAAGCGUCUUCUCCGAGGAUAAGAGAAUCAAGAAGGACAUCGAGAACUUUAGCGUCCGGCUCAUCUGCUAUAAGCUCAUUGGCCUCGCCGUUACCAGUAGUCACAACAGGGAGGCCUCUACUUCCUGUGACCCUGAGACCAACGCCGUUCAUCCCUCGCUAAGAGCGCCGUCUGGCCCAGUACCGUUCAUAACGGCUCUGCCAGUGCGGUCGAGAUUCUCCAGAAGGGUGUGGUUCAACACCAAGUCCAUCGAUGGCAAGCUCACCUGCCUCCAGGCUUUAUCAGCCGCCGAGGAUGAGAGCCUCCUGCCCAACGUCAUUGUUCCAUUCAACUUUAGCUCCACCCCUCAAGAGAACGUGGUGGCUGCAGCUGUUAUGCGUAUCCUGGGCGGUGGCUUGGCCGCGAACCCCAUCGGCCGCGUUGUUCAGUGGGCUUUCAUGAAAAUCAACUGGGGCGCAUGCCGUGCCAAGCUGGGUAACCCUAAACUUGUUGGCCGCUUUGUUCGAGUUAGCUUAGGAGAAUUCACGGACCUCACAGAUAUUCACGACAUUGAAUCAUUCUUCAUGGACAAGGACACGACAUGCUUUAACCGUACCCUGGGCACGGUCAAGGUCAAGAUUCGCAGCCGCGCGGCGUAUAAGCAUCGCGAUUCUAGUUCUUUGAAGAAGUAG